ACACAUUAUUACUUUACUAUUCUGUGUUUAAAAUUCACGGCUGUUCUAAUCGUUCUAUUAUAAUAUAUAAUUACUAACAGUCAACAGCGUGCCUUAAUUAUAUAAAUAUGUUUUAUAAUAUAUAAAUAAGCUACGAAAAACAAAUUGUUCCCUUUAGGAUGAGUGGAAAACGCGUGAAAAAAGAACAAUGUAUAAAGGAAAUCAUUGAUUCCACAAAUGAUUCUGAUAAAGAAAAUAAAUAUAAUUCAGCACGUCGCAAAAGGAGGAGGUACAAUCCUACACUUAGCACCUCGGAAUCUGAAGAAACAGAAAAGCCUGAACUACAAAUUGAUAUUCCCUCUAGCAUCAAAUGGACAUCAAAGAAGCCUAGUCCAAAAAUUCAUGAUUUUACGUCACAUCAUUCUGGAGUAGUAGGGGACAAUUUAAAUCAUUCGUCGAAAAUUUUGGAUUACUUCAGACUACUUUUUUCUGAAGAUUUAGUUAAAUUUAUUGUGGAAAGAACAAACAAUUACUGGUGUCGACAGCUCAAAAGGGAUCAAUUGGACGCUUCAGAAGAGAUGGAUGUGGAUGAAUUAUAUUGUUUUAUUGCUGCGUCGUUAUUAAUGACGCGAAUCAAAAAGCUAUCCUUAAAGGAAUAUUGGUCUGAGGAUAAGCUUCUUCGAAGUGAUAUUUUCAGUCUAAUUAUGAGUAAAGAUCGUUACUUUUCAUUAUUGAAAAUGUUACAUUUUUCGGACAAAACCAGCCGCACUGCUGAUCGUUUAUACAAAAUAAAUAAAGUAGUGGAAAUGUUACGAAUAUCAUUUAACAAUGCAUUUCAGCCAUACCAGCGAUUAUGUAUAGACGAAAGUUUACUCCUUUACAAAGGCCGUCUCUCGUUUAAACAAUAUAUUCGCUCGAAAAACAGUAGGUUUGGUAUAAAAUCAUUCCUACUUUGUGAUUGUAAAACGGGUUAUAUCCAAGAUAUAAUCAUCUAUUGUAAGGCUGGUACUACUAUAGCUACCAAAUAUCAAUAUAUUGGAAAGCCAGGGAACAUUGUAAUGUCACUUUUGCAACCUUUUCUAAACAAAGGCCAUACUAUUUAUCUGGACAAUUGGUUUUCCAGUCCCAUAUUGUUCAAUCUACUUCACAAAAAUAGUACGAACGCUUGUGGCACCGUGCAAAGAAGACAGAAAGAGUUACCUAAAAUAACUGAUAAAUUGAAAAAAGGAGAGGCAGUGUUCCGCUCAUCUGAAAAUCUAUUGGCAAUGAAAUGGUGUCAUAGAAAGGAAUUUUAUAUGCUUUCCACUAUUCAUACCGCAGAAUUUGCAGAAGUACCUAAGAAGUCAAGAAAAAAUGAAAUUAUUCUAAAGCCAAAAUGCGUAAUAGAUUAUAUCUCUUCAAUGGAUACAAUCGAUAAAUCAGAUAUAGCGAUAAGUACUGUCGAUGCAACUUGCAAAAGUUUAAAGUGGUAUCGCAAAUAUUUUUUCCACUUGAUCGACAUUUGCGUGUGGAACGCAUUCUGCCUGUAUAAGCACAUCACAGAAGAACAAAUCUCAAUGGCGAAAUUUCACCUUCAAUUAAUUAAGGAAAUAUUAGAAGAAUAUCAUAAGAAUCAUGAAUAUCAUCAGUACAAUGGAUCAGAAAAUAAUUAUCCCACAAGGCUCAUAGGGAAACAUUUUCCUACGGUAUAUGAGUCGGGGAAAAAAAAUCGGAAACGAAGAUGCGUUGUAUGUACGGCUGGUGGUAUAAGACGUGAAUCCAAAUAUCAUUGUGAACAAUGUAAUGUGGGCUUGUGCAUUUCCCCUUGUUUCGAAAACUAUCACACCAAGUUACAGUAUUAGUUUUGUCGUAGAUUAUAUUACACUAUUACUUUUAUUAUUUAUUAUAUUACAUUAUUAGUUUCGUUAUUUAUUUUAAUUUUGUGAUAUUAGAACAUAUUAUUUAUAUCAAUGCCAUUUAUUUUAAUUAAUGUACUGUGAAGAAAUAGAUAUGAUUUUAAAACGUUAAA